CCACACCUUUCUGCAAUUUCAGAUACUGAAUUGUACCCUCUAUUACACACACAAACACAAACCCAGUACACACCCGAUACAACAAUCAACAUGGCUUCCAAGGUCCUUAACGGCAAGACUGGUGUCAUCUACGGUGAAGAUGUCUACAACCUCUUCAAGCACGCCCAGUCCGAGGGCUACGCCAUCCCUGCCAUCAACGUCACCUCCUCCUCGACCGUUGUCGCCUCUCUAGAGGCCGCAAGAGACGCGAAGUCCCCCAUCAUCCUGCAGAUGAGCCAGGGUGGUGCCGCAUACUUCGCCGGAAAGGGCGUCGACAACAAGGACCAGAGCGCUUCCAUCCAGGGUGCUAUCGCUGGUGCUCACUACAUCCGCGCUAUUGCUCCAGCAUACGGCAUCCCAGUUGUCCUCCACACCGACCACUGCGCCAAGAAGCUUCUGCCAUGGUUGGACGGCAUGCUCGAUGAGGAUGAGAAGUUCUUCAAGGCCAAUGGCGUCCCUCUCUUCAGCUCCCACAUGAUUGAUCUCUCGGAGGAGAGCAAGGAGGAGAACAUCGCCACAACACGCAAGUACCUGGAGCGCGCUGCCCCCAUGAAGCAAUUCCUCGAGAUGGAAAUCGGCAUCACUGGUGGUGAGGAGGACGGUGUCAACAACGAGGACGUUGACAACAACAGCUUGUACACCCAACCAGAGGACAUCUACGACAUCUUCAAGAGCCUCUCGGAAGUGUCCAAGUACUUCUCCAUUGCUGCCGGCUUCGGAAAUGUACACGGUGUCUACAAGCCCGGAAACGUCAAGCUCCGCCCUGAGCUCCUCCAGAAGCACCAGCAGUUCGUCAAGGAGAAGACCAACGCCAAGGACGACAAGCCCGUCUUCCUCGUUUUCCACGGUGGCAGUGGCAGCUCUGUUGAUGACUUCCGUCAGGCUAUCUCAUACGGUGUCGUCAAGGUGAACCUCGACACCGAUAUGCAAUGGGCUUACCUCUCCGGUGUCCGCGACUACGUCCUGAACAAGAAGGACUACUUGAUGACCCAGGUCGGCAACCCGGACGGUGAGGACAAGCCGAAUAAGAAAUUUUAUGACCCAAGGGUCUGGGUGCGCGCUGGUGAGGUCACUAUGUCGAAGCGCUUGACAACUGCACUCGAUGACUUCUACACCGCCGGCAAGGCCUAAGAGGCUUCUGAACAUGAAGAAGCGGAGAUGAUUCCAGUCACUGGGGAACGGCGUUGGCGGAUUGGCAUGAGAAGACGGCAGCGACAUGGAUGCGGUCUAGGGGUGUUGCAAUCAAGGAGUUGAAGACAGAAAAGUCGCAUGCCUAGGCAUAGAUGUUGAUGAACGUUACGAAAGUCUCCUCGAGAGAAUACGAUUUCAGUUUCCCCAUACUUGGCUCCUUCGGUGUAACGUUUGUCCCCUUCCAUAUUUUAGCCUCAACAUGGUUCUAUUAGCCAAGAGUACAAUCACAUACUGGAGAUAUUUGAUAUGAAAUGCUAAGUAUACAAUGCCAGGAGUGGAGAGCAAUUAAAGUAUGACUCCCAAAGUCCUUACUUAAAUUGCUGAGCCUGAUACCACAAGCUGGCUCUCAUCGAGUUCUGUAGCAUGAAAGAACGA